GGGCGUGUCAGGCUGCGGCAGGGGACCAGCCGAUUGGCUGGGAGGGACCGGGGCCGGGCUGCCGGCCCGAACAGAGGAGGGCGGUGCUGCAAGGCUGGUCUGGGAGGUGACGACCGGCUUCGGAGCGUCUAUCAUGGCAGCUCGGACUGGUCGCACGGCGUUGAGAAGGGUGUUCUCGGGAUGCCUUCCGAAGUCGGCGACAGCGGCCUGCGCCCCCGCUCGGGCGCAAGCGCCCGUGCGGAAUGGCAGAUAUUUAGCUUCCUGUGGCAUACUGAUGAGCAGAACUCUUCCACUACAUACCUCAAUUUUGUCUAAGGAGAUAUGUGUACGAACUUUCUUCAAAAUCACUACACCAUUAAUAAACAAAAGGAAAGAAUAUUCAGAGAGAAGAAUUUUAGGAUAUUCAAUGCAGGAAAUGUAUGAUGUAGUAUCGGGAAUGGAGGAUUACAAGCAUUUUGUUCCUUGGUGCAAAAAAUCAGAUGUUAUAUCAAAGAGAUCUGGAUAUUGUAAAACACGAUUAGAAAUUGGAUUUCCACCUGUGUUGGAGCGCUAUACAUCAGUAGUAACCUUGGUGAAACCUCAUUUAGUAAAGGCAUCUUGUACUGAUGGGAGACUUUUCAAUCAUUUGGAGACUAUUUGGCGUUUUAGCCCAGGUCUUCCUGGCUACCCAAGAACUUGUACCUUGGAUUUUUCAAUUUCUUUUGAAUUUCGAUCACUUCUACAUUCUCAGCUUGCCACAUUGUUUUUUGAUGAAGUUGUGAAGCAGAUGGUAGCUGCCUUUGAAAGAAGAGCAUGUAAGCUGUAUGGUCCAGAAACAAAUAUACCUCGGGAGUUAAUGCUUCAUGAAGUCCAUCACACAUAAAGGCAAAAAAGAACUGGUGUCACCUGCUUCUAACUUUAGUGUGUUCACUUUUAGGAAGUAUUUUCAUGACAUGUUUUCAGAAGCCAGAAAGCAUUUGUUAAACGCAACUUUGGUUAUAAACCUGCACCAUUGAAAAUUUGCACAUAGAAUAUAGACUCACUUGUACAUAGAAUUAUUUCUUCAAUCAAGUAUAAUUCAAAAUAAUAUGGACAUUAUCAUGUUCUGCAUUACAAUAAUGGGAUGUCAUCACCAUUACUAGAAUAUGGGCAUGAUUCUUCUGAGCAGAAGUUGAAACUGUAAAUUUAAACCUUUUAAUUACCACCUUACCUGAAAGAGGUUAGUUAAGAUAUUCACGCAGUAUGUAUUAUAUUAACCAUAUCACACUUAAGUUAUUAAAUUCAGACUAUUUGUAACUUAUUGUUAUAGGGCCUACCAUAUGGCUUAGGAUAUUUGAGUAAUUAUAUAUUUAAAGUAAAAACUUUGGGCUGGGCGCAGUAGCUCACGCCUGUAAUUCCAGCACUUUGGGAAGCUGAGGUGGGCAGAUUAGUUGAGGUCAGGAGUUCGAGACCAGCCUGGUCACCAUAGUGAAACCCCAUCUCUACUAAAAAUACAAAAUUAGCUGGGCAUAGUGGCACACACCUGUAAUUCCAGUUACUUGGGAGGCUGAGGCACAAGAAUCGCUUGAACCCGAGAGGUGGAGGUUGCAGUGAGCCAAGAUCGCCCUGCUGCACUCCAGCCUGGGCAACAGAGGGAGACUGUCUCCAAAAAAAACAAAAAACAAAAACAAAAGCUGUUAGUGAAGGUUCCCUGGGACUUUUGAUAUUUUAAAAAUUGUUCUUAUGACUAGUAGAUAAAUUCAUUGCCAUAAUGAGGCUAGCUCCCAGAUAAACAGUGAAUUUUUUUCUUUUUUUUUUUUUGGUGAGUGGUCCAGAGCUUUAAGCUACUUUUCCAGUAGUUUGCCACUUUCUCCGAGGUAGUUUGGCUGCUCUUUCAAUUAUGCUAAUUGUGUGUCAAAUUUUGUCUACAACAGUAGGCAACAGAUGAAGAUAAGUUGGUUGAAUGUCUCCAGCACUAUGCAUCCCUAUUUUCUAUUUAUUGUGUAUACUCACUUUCAGUAAUGUGUUUCAAACCGGUAUUUUUUAAAAAACAAAUCAAUGUAAGGACUGAAGUUGAAGUAGCAACAUAAUAAAGUUAAUUUGUUUAUUUUUUGUACAGUUAGUUUGGCUAUUGAAAUCUUCCUAUAUUGUUUCAAUGUGUAUUUGCAUAGACAUAGUAAAGUGUUAUUAUAGCUUUUCAUGUCUUAAAAAUAUCUAUAAAGAUUUCUAAAAUAUCUAUUUCUAUGAAGAAACAGACUUUGACAAAUAUAAGCAAAAUUCAAUUUUCUUUUAACCAGUCAUUGAUCUCCUGUCCUCCUUUCACUACAUACCAACAACCCUCUGGCAUUAAACUUCCAGUGAUAGUGCUAUUAACUUUGUUUCCUCAGAUCAACAAGGGACCUCAGUAAUUAGUUCUCUACAUAAGUAUGUAUAUGUAUUAAUUUGUUUAAUAAAUCUGUUUUGAGCACCUGCUUUCUCUCAGACACUGGGUAUAGAGUGAUGAAGGAUUCAUACCAGCCUCUACUCAUGAGGAGCCAGGUUGUGCUUUCACACAAGGUACUUAAGGCCAAGUUCAGAGUGUCAGAGUUUAUAUAUCUGGAGUUCAUCUGAUUCUGCGUAACAGCAUUCUAAGCUCAGACACUCCAAGAAGGAGACAGACCUGGUCAGGAAUUUUUCUGAGGAUUUUAGGUAUAUGUCUGGACGUAGGGAGAGGGAAACAAAGAACAAAGGUGACUAAGAUGGCGUACUUUCGGGUUCUUCAUCACCAACUUUCCUCCGCCAGGGAAAGGCACAGGUCAACUGCGCAGGCGCAGCAUGACGUCCGACCGAGGAAACCGAAACCUACCUGGCCAUGCCCACCGCAGGGCCCUCGACCCGCCCGCAUCCCGCCUACCGCCCUCCCACUCCCAGGCCCAAGACAUAAAAGCCGCUCCCCGCAGGCGCGCGGCAUGAACUUCCUUGGCCCCUCCUCAUAUGCGGACCUAGGAACCUCACCCGAGAACGCCGGAGCGACUUCCUCGGCCUCUGCCGCCAGAGACCGGUGAACCUUGCCUCCUCUUUCUUUACAUUGGCUACGUAAUAAAGUUUCCUUUUUAUCUUG